AUGCGAUGGCUGGGAGUUCUGGCUGGGACGUAUGUGUCCCUUGCGAUGGCCUCUCUGCACAGCAUUCACACCCUCAUCCCCCCCGAGGGGUAUGAGAUGCAUCUGAAAGUACUGCUGCAAAGAAUCCUGUGGACCGCCAAUGUGAAGAGAUGCUUUAGCGUCAUCACGGAUGAUCUGCAUUAUCCCAUCUACGAUCGGGUGUUCUUCGAGUCGGUGGGUCGCCAAGUAAUGCCCUUCUUCGUGAUGCGGGCCAACGCCAGCGAGGAUCUCCAGAGGCCCCCCAAGCAAGUUGAGCUCUUCUUGGGGGCCAUCAAAUCCAGCGAAUGCGAACUUAAUCUGAUCACCAUCCUGAACGGCUGGCAGGUGCAGCGAUUUCUCAGAUACAUCUACGAAAAUAGGUCUUUGAAUUUGCAGAAAAAGUUCAUCUUCCUUCACGAUUCACGACUUUUCGAGAGGGACAUGGUCCACCUAUGGAGCGUUUUUGUCGGCACCAUUUUCCUCAAAAGACAGUUGGACAACAAAUUCAGCAUUUCCACUGUAGCCUUUCCGGGAAUUUUGAGUGGAGUCCUGGUUUUAAAGAACAUCGCCCAAUGGGAAUUGGGAAAAGGCGUCAGUGGAAAGAUUUUAUUUGCGGAAAAGACAAGUGAUUUGUAUGGAGCCACGAUGCCUGUGGCCAUAUCCGAGCACGUGCCCAUGGUCUUGUGGUUAAACACGACCAACAGCUUCCAGGGAGUUGAAGUGGAGAUUAUGAAUGCCCUGGGCAAGGCGUUGAACUUCAAACCCGCUUACUACAAACCCAACCAAAGUGAAAAUGUGGACUGGGAGCUGGAGAACGGCUUUGGAAGUGGCAAUCUCGAUGGAUAUGGACAGAACGAAAGCCGCAUUGAUUCAAUGCUUGUUGAGGAGGUGGCUGCUCACAGUGCGCGCUUUGCCAUUGGGGAUUUGCAUCAGUUCCUGGUGUACCUGCAACUGGUGGAGCUCAGUUCGCCGCACAAUUUCGAGUGCCUGACCUUUCUCACACCCGAAUCCUCGACCGACAACUCCUGGCAGACCUUCAUCCUGCCCUUCAGCGGCGGCAUGUGGGCGGGCGUCCUACUCUCCCUCUUCGUGGUGGGCACUGUGUUCUAUGCCAUUAGUUUUCUGAACGCCAUUAUCAACAGCAAUGUGUCCUCGGGCUUCUUUCGUUGCCUUCGACGGAACCGUGGAGUCCCCAUGGAUCCGCAGAUAUAUCGCCGAGUUAGCUUUCGCAUCGCCAUCAGCCGCUAUCGUCCUUCUAAGGAAUCCCGCAGACCCAGGGAUCUAUUCGACGACUACGCCAACUGCAUCCUGCUGACCUAUAGCAUGCUCCUUUAUGUGGCCUUACCCCGAAUGCCCAGGAACUGGCCUCUGAGGGUCCUGACUGGUUGGUACUGGAUCUACUGCAUCCUCUUGGUUGCCACGUAUAGGGCCAGCUUCACAGCCAUUUUGGCCAACCCGUCCGCAAGGGUUACCAUAGACACCCUGGAGGAUCUGCUGAGCUCCCACAUACCACCCUCUGCUGGCGCUACUGAGAACAGACAGUUUUUCCUGGAUGCCUCCGACGAGACUGCCCGGAAGGUGGGCGAUAAGAUGGAGGUAGUCGCACAGAGCGAUGAUCUGACCGCUCGCAUAGCCAAAGGUCACUGCGCAUACUACGACAACGAGUUUUAUCUCCGCUACCUACGAGUGGCGGACGACUCUGGAUCCGGAGUAGGAUCAGCUCUACAUAUCAUGAAGGAAUGUGUGGUCUACAUGCCCGUAGUUCUGGCAAUGGAGAAGAACUCGGCGCUGAAAGACAGGGUUGACAGCUCCAUUCAACAUCUGGCAGAGGGCGGACUGAUAUCUAAGUGGCUUAGGGACGCCAUAGUGCACCUACCAGCAGAGGCUCUUGCCCAACAAGAGGCUCUCAUGAAUAUUCAGAAGUUCUGGAGUUCCUUUGUAGCCUUGGGUAUUGGCUACGUUAUGUCCGUUCUAACUCUUCUCGCAGAGCGCUGGCAUUUCAAGCACAUUAUCAUGAGACAUCCAAUGUAUGAUGUAUACAACCCAAGCUUGUACUACAAUUUUAAAAGGAUUUAUCCGGAGCAAUAA